AGUGUUGUGUCCAGCGUCCCCAUCCUCCAACCCCGCACACAUCUCGGCGGUGUCGGUCCUGUCGCACAAUGGACCCUCGACGCUAAACACCCUCUUAAAGACCCUGCAUGGAUUUAAUGAUGAUGAAAAAGAAGAAAUUCAAAUUCAAGGUGAAUUUUGAGCUGGACGAGCUCUCGUCGGUUCCGUUCGUCAACGGCGUUCUCUUCUGCAAAGUCCGACUUUUGGACGGCGGAUUCUCCGAGGAGUCUUCGAGGGAACCGGUCCAGGCCAACUGUGUUCGUUGGAGGAAGAGGUUCUCCUUCCCCUGUAAGAUGAGCGCCAACGCAGGAACUGGUGUGUUGGAUCCCUGCGUGUGUCGUGUUUCAGUCAGAAAGGAACUGAAAGGGGGGAAGGCCUACGCUAAGCUCGGUUUUGCAAAUUUGAAUUUAUCGGAGUUUGCCGGCUCGGGCAGCACAACACGAAGAUGUCUACUGGAAGGUUACGAUACCAAAAACACUCGCCAGGAUAACUCCAUCCUUAAAGUCGUUAUCAGCACUCAGCUCAUGUCAGGCGACCCUUGUUUUAAAACGCCUCCUUCUACUGCGACAGUGAUUGGGAUCCAGGGUGACGGGGAAAGCCUGCUGGAAGAGAGGCGGGGUGGGGACUUACCAACAGCCUCUUCUGAGAGUCGAGAAGUCAAGUGUCCUGUGGUGUCCGACGAGCUCGGCGGCUGCGGCCACUCGCGGACGUCCAGCUACGCCAGCCAACAGUCCAAACUCUCAGGCUACAGUACAAGCCACUCCCGCUCCUCCAGCAUGUCAGACUUCAGUCAUCGGAGGAACCAUUCAGUCGGCAGCGCCUCCACGGGCAUCGGCAGCAUCCCAGAACCCAACGAGGACAAAGAAUCCAGACCUUGUCCUGCUCUCCCUGAACAUCCACUUUCUGCCGCCAACUCCAGCAACUCUGUGGGUUCUCCGGCUCGGAGCGAGUCGUCCAGUGAGCGACUCAACAGACAUCCGGUGAAGCAGGACUCGAUCGAGUCGCAGCUGAAGAGAAUGGACGACACUCGAGUGGAUGCUGACGACGUUGUGGAAAAAAUCCUGCAAAGCCAAGAUUUCACGCCCAGCCUUCUGGACUCCAGUGUGGAGGAGGAAGGUUUACGUCUGUUUGUGGGGCCUGGAGGAAGCACCGCUCUUGGUAGCCAUCACCUGCCUACCAGAGUCGGAGGUGGAGCAUAUGAGCAGGUGGUGAUGAAGCGCUGAAGAAAAAAGGAAGAGACUGGAAGCAGGGUUUUGUCCAUUGCAGUCUUCCUCUGCUCCAACGGUUGACAUCCCAACAGCGCCCUCGUGUGUUGACACUUAGAACCUAACACUGUAGCUUUCUGACUGACAUGUCAGCCGGAUCACUUUUAACGUGAUAUGUGGUUUUUUUUUUGAAGUAAGGGCUGCCUGUGUCGACAUUACGUUCAGCCACCUUUUCAACCGAGCUUCUCAGAACAAAUGUGAACUUCCAAAAGGUGAUUUGAGAGGAGAACGGGUUGUGAACAGGUGGAAUCUCCAAGAAGACAACAUGGCCAUGUUAUUUCAACACAUUCCAUAUAACGCUGUAGUAAUAAUUGUGUCAACGUUCCUGACUUCCCUUUAAGGUUCAGUUUCAUUUGCCUUGACGCUGCAAAGAGGCUCUUGGCAUACGGUACAAGCACUCUGAAAUGUUUUUACCGGAAAGAAUAUUUUACUACAAAGACCAGGUGCCAGAUUGUGUGUGUGUGUGCGUGUAUGUAAGUCAAAACACCAAUUUCAGCCAUCUUUACAGUGUAACUUUGUACAGUGUCAGGUUUGGAAGAAUGUUAUUUCAAUACAGUGAUAGUGAAAUGUACGCACAGUAUUUAUUGAGGACUGCCAUGGAAAAUAUGGCACCAAUUUUCCCCGCAUGCAUUAGUGAACGCUAUAUGGAUCCAAAUAAACGCUAAACCAAAGUAUGUCUGCCUGCCCAGGUUGCAGUAACUACUACCGUCAGUACCUAAACCGUCACAUGUUAAGUCUACUAAGGAGCAACACGAUUCCAGCGUGGCACAUCUGUCACAAUCUGAGCCAGUCGGUGGCUUAAAUACCGUAUUUCCUUGAAUUGCCGCCGGGUAGAUAGUAUGCACCUGCCUAGAAUUACUGCCGGGUCAAACUCGUUUCCCAAAAUAAUUAGCGCAUGCUAAGCAUUACUGCCGGCUCGGGACUAACGCCGGGUCAAACUCGUUUCGCAAAAUAUUAUUUUUAUUGGCGCGUGUCUAGAAUAUCCACCGGGUCAAACUCGUCACGUCACGAGUGACACUUCACCCGUCAUCAUUUUCAAAAGGGAGGAGGCUGAUUUCAAUCAUUUGAAAAUCGCAUAAAGGGAAGAAGAUUAAGAGCUAUUCAGUAGGAUUUAAGGUCCAAGCUAUUGAAUAUGCUAAAAAGAACAGUCAGCAGCUAUGUUUUAUUAAUAUACCGUAGCUGCGUGUGUCAAAUAUGAGUCAUUAAAUGACUCCCGCCUCCUGGUGGUAGAGGGCGCUAGUGAUCCUUCUUGCGACUACUCGGCUGCAGAAGAAGUGACAACGAGCAGCAAGAGUGAGCAGCGAUCGUUUAUUUUUUCCUCCCGCUUGCACUUUUAACAUGGAGGAUUACAUAUCUAAAAUAAAACAGUUUUCUAAACUGGACUUUCAAUCGAAGCAGGAGGUAAUAAAGGAAGAUCUCCAUCCAGACAGAGAGACUUUUAAAACUGAAGAAAGAUAAGGAAGACUUCUAUAAACAAGUUAUUGAUGCUUUUGAUCAGAAGGAGCUGCGCAUGGACUUCAUUUAUAAGUAAAGGUAAGACCAUAAUAACGUUUUUUUUAUUAAAUGUGCUUUUCGUGAUGGUAUCCUUACAUCACUCAAAAUUAUAAGCGCAGGUCUAGAUUUACCGCAUUCCUUUGGUAAGCGCCGGAGUGAGAAGAGGUUUUAAAAUAUUUAGCGCAUGCUUGCCUUUACCGCAUGCCUUUGGUAAACACCGGAGUAGGAAGAGGUUUUAAAUUAAUUAGCGCCCCGGCGGCAAUUCAGGGAAAGACGGUAAGCAUUUUGCACAAUGUAUACAUUCACUAAUUAGCACAUCAAUUAUACCUGUAAUCUGAAAAUGUAAAGUAACUAUCACUCGUUUGGCUCAAGCAACCGCUUCAAAUAUUAACGCUGCAUCGAUCAAAAACAAGCACAGCUGCUCUCCUGUCUUCAGUCCUGUAGCUUCUGUUCGUAAAGAACUAUAUAGAUUCAAUUAGGCCAUAGUCCAGACUAUUAGCUUUAUAAUCAUGGACUGAAUAGGGAAAAAAACAGUAGCACAUAAACAAUAGACAGUAAUUAUUAUGCAACUAAUUACAUUUACAACAGUUAUAUGUAUUUUUUGAAAGCCAAAUAACUCUUACACUGUACUUAAAGAUCUAGACAGGUCUAAUUUUGGAUCUUAGGAACGACAAAGGCUGGAUUUUAGAGUCAAAUGGGGUUAAGUCACAAAUUGGUGUGGUGUUUAUUCUGCAUUUAUGUUUUGCAUGACUGCUCCUUUUUGUCACAUUUGCACAAAGCCCAAUCUUUUAUUGUGUGUGAGGCAUCUUAUUCUGAAUAUUUAAAAGCAGAAGUGAUGUUUCAUUUCAAAUCUGGUAUGAUUUAAAGGUGUUGACCCUUCCAAAAUAUCACUGUUUGAUACAUCAUAAUCAUCAUUGUGCCAUUUUUGCUACGUUGUAAUGUUUAGGAAAUGUCUUCUGUUGUGAAGGAUUUUUGUGGAUACCAAUUUUAUUUUUUUAAGAGACGUUCUUGCUUGGUUUUAUGGACACUUGUGGAACCUGUGUGACGCUCAAGGUUCACGUGGGCAACUAACAUGUUACAAACAUGGUUGCUUCCUCUCUUCUGUGAAGCUGUUGUCUAUAAUAAAGUGGAAGUCGUAUUUUUCUGUAAAGUGAUGUACUGCGCUGUUUUAAACACUGUCCAGUUUUUGCCGUUUCCCUUCCGUCGAUGUUUGCUUGUACGCUUACGACGUGUACCUCACACUGUUGACAACUUCAAAGAAACGUGGGAAUAAAAAAAAACUUGCUCAUGC